AGUGCAAGUUGUGACCAGUUUACGGCAUGCAGAAAUCAUGGCGACUUUCACAAAAAAAUGGAGCAGGCCGUUAUCGACCAAUGAAAUAGUUGAUAUUGUUCAUAAUUUGGAUUCGGACGAUGAAGCGACAGGUAUAGACAUUUAUAUUGAUCCCCCGGAUAUGGAUUAGUUUCGGACUCCGAUUUGGGCGAUGAAAUAAAUGUAAGUUUCGAUAAUUUAUCACGUAGACAACUUUUGGCUCCUGCUGAGCUGGUGCUUCAUGGGAAUAAAAACAAUGAUAACAGCGAGUCAGAAGAUGAUCUUCCGUUUUCAGCCUUAGCUAGUCGAAACACAACAACGAACGGGCCUUUAUCAAGUCAACCAGGACAGCCACAAGCCCGUAAGUAGAUAAAACGAGAUUUACGUUGGAUGGAUAAAGAGUGGAUUGCACCGCUUCCAAGAUCAGUGGUGACCGUAUCAGAUGCGUCGGACCCAGUUGGUAUUUUAGAAUUAUUUUUUAGUCACGAAGUAAUCAUUCAUAUUUUUCGUCAUACAACGGUAUGAAUGCUGUAUAUGAAUGCUGUAGAAAAAGGAAAUAUGGCGUUUACCUUGUCAGAUAAUGAAACAUAUUGCUUUGUCGGCAUUUUUAUAUGGCCAGGUUACUGGCCAUUGCCGCGACGGCGUAUGUAUUGGGAGAGUAAUGAGGAUACCCACAAUUUGUUAGUAGCUAAAUCUAUGCGACGGAACCGGUUUGAAGAAAUUUUACGAUACUUUCAUGUGGCUGAUAACUCAAAUUUAGCGCCAGGUGACAAAUGGCAAAAGUGCACCCCUUGUUUGAUAUGCUCAAUAAAAAAAAUUUACAAUAUGCUGUGAUUGAAAAAGAUAUUAGCAUAGAUGAAUCUAUGAUUCCUUAUCACGGCAGGCAUGGGUGUAAGCAGCACAUCAGGUUCGGUUUUAAAACUUGGGUAGCAGCUUUGCGACUGGGAUAUUGCUUGCAUGCUGAUCUUUACCAGGUUAAAUCUGUAGGAGUCACAACCGGUUUAGGCCAACAUGUCGUAAGUAAACUUAUGACGGAGAUCAAAGCUGCCUACGAAAAUACAAAUUUCUCUGUUUAUGUCUGUUUACAGGGUUACCCCUAAUUGCUCAAAUAAAAGAACAAAAUGUUCUAAUACCGGGUACUGUAAGAAAUAAUAGAAUAGAGAAGUGUCCUUUCAAAGAUGUCAAAUUAUGCAAGAAAAAACCGAGAGGUUAUCACGAUAGUCGGCUGAUCAGCCGGGUCCUUCUAGAAAGAUUUCCACGACUGUACCUCCCUCAGUUCGAAAAUUUAAUGCUGAGCACAUGAUCGGCAGAGCACCAAGCCGGCUGCGUUGUGCUUAUUGCAAAAGCUUGACGGUUACUUCGUGCCAAAAGUGUCAGGUUAACUUACAUACCAAAUGUUUUAUAGCGUUUCAUUCCUAAAUUGAGUUCCUAAAUAUGUUCCUCCUAAAUUUUGCUUAAAUCUUGUUUGUUGGUAUUUUAGAUUUAUAUGAAUAUGUCAUUUG